AUGAAGCUCACAGUUUCGACACCCGAAGGUCCGUUCGAGUCCAUGGUUUUCUUGCGCGACCGGAUGGACUGGCCAUCCUGGAUUGAUGAUGUGAGCGCCAUUGCCAGAGCUCUGGACAUUUGGCAGUACGUGGACCCGGAUUCCCGAACCGAACCCAUGGAACCGCUCAUGCCAUUCAUGCCCUCGAAGCCGAAACCGGAACAUCUUCCCGUGAGAGAACAGGAUGAAUCGGAUAAAGUCUACGAUUUGCGAGUCGAGCGAGAACGAAACUACUACGCGCUCCUGAUGCGCGAGUACGACAUUUCAUACGAGCGCUAUCGUAUGGAUGCAACACAGUACAUCAUUCGCCUAAAUUGCCACGCUUCGCAGAAAAACGACAUUCAGAAACUCUACCGCAUCAUCUACAGAAGCGUUUCCGAAAAGUAUCAAGCCUAUCUGAAGCUAGAUAACGCAGCCACGCCCCGAUCCAUGGUGCAGUCUCUACGUGCGAGAAUCAAUCCCCCUUCAGACGAAGACAGAGCGUCCGCAGCGCUAGGAAAAUUAAACGCAAAGCUCAACACGCAGCAGCCUACGAAAGACAAGCAGGAUUUAAUCGAGGCAGUUACCCUGGCAGUAGUUGAACUGCACCGUUUGAAGUCGCCCAGCUUUGACGAGGCCACAGCUGUCAAGGACCUCGUUCGUUCGCUCCAGGCUUUUGAUAGACCCUUUGCAGAUGCUUGGUCUCGGAAAGCAGAGGGCAAUGGUGCGGCAGCUACAGUCCUGGAUAUUGUUGAAGAUUUCAAGUACCAGCUACGCAAGCAGGAGGACAAGUCUUUUGUCCCAGACACGAUGCAAAAUUCCGAAACGGUCGCGACUCACAAGCCGGCUCAAAAUGACUCGGUGACAGAGCGCAACAACAAGGUUGCCACACCUACACCUGCAAACGGACACAUUAAGGGGGGUUCCUCUCCAGCCUCUCCCGCUGGCGUGAAGGGAAACAAUGCGUCGGAACGCGCAGCGCAAGACCAACUAGUUGAUAAAAGCUCAGGCGCGCCUGACCAAGCUGUCAAAUCAGUGAAGCAACAAGCCGCUUCGCCGUUGCCGGAGAACGUCUCCAAACCCAGGGAUUCGCCAAAACCUGAGACGCUGGUCAAGGAAAAGCCGCCCACGUCAAACAAAAAGGCUGAAUCGACGUCCCUGAGAAAGGCUGUGUGCCCCGGCUGUCAACUGAGACAUCUCUUCCGCGACGAUGCUUGGUGGGAGAAUUGCUACGUGUUUUACGAGCUCAGUCAGAUUGGAGGCAUACCGUCUUAUUUUAUAGUCAAGGACAGGUUUCUGGAUCUGGUACGUUCACGACUGCAGGACUUUCCUGCUGAGUUGAAGCGAUCGCAAGAGUGGGCAAGCCGCCGGACCAAGAAGACAAAGUUGAACGAGAAAACAAACGGCAACCCUCGGGAAAUCAAGCCCGAGGGGCCGGCAACGAGAAAAACCAAGGCGAAGAACUCGGAAGAACGCGCAAAUGAUACCAUAAAGGCUAGGGCAGCUGUCGAGGAACCUGAGACAUCGGAAUUUCAACUAUGGUGA